AUGGCGGCGGCGCUGUGUGGCGGCGCGCGGGGCCGGCUGCUGUGGUGGCUGCUGGCGGCCGCGGCGCUGGCCCCGCGGCCGGCCCGGGCCCUGAUCGAGGGCCUGUACUGCGGGCGGCAGGUGUGCUACGACGUGCUGGGCGUGAGCCGGGCCGCGGGCAAGGCCGAGAUCGCCCGCGCCUACCGGCAGCUCGCCCGCCAGUACCAUCCGGACCGGCACCGCGGGGAGCCGGCCGGGCCCGGCGGGGAGACCCUGCAGACGGCGCACGAGAAGUUCCUGCUCAUCGCCACCGCCUACGAGACCCUCAAGGAUGAAGAAACACGUAAAGAUUAUGAUUACAUGUUGGAUCAUCCUGAAGAGUAUUACAGCCAUUAUUAUCACUACUACAGCAGGAGAUUGGCACCUAAAGUGGACGUCAGGAUAGUGAUUCUAGUCACCGUAUGUGCUAUCUCUGUGUUUCAGUUCUUCAGCUGGUGGAGUAGCUACAACGAGGCCAUUAACUACCUAGCUACAGUGCCAAAAUAUCGUAUACAAGCAUCUGAGAUUGCCAAGCAACAGGGCCUACUGAAUAGGGCUAAAGAAAAAGGCAAAAAUAGACGGUCUAAGGAAGAAAUCCGUGAGGAAGAGGAAGAAAUAAUCAAAGACAUUAUCAAAAAUAAAAUAGAUAUAAAAGGCGGCUAUCAGAAGCCUAAAAUAUAUGAUAUCCUUCUAUUCCAAAUCCUCUUAGCUCCUUUCUACUUAUGCAAGUAUAUAGCUUGGUAUUGUUGGUGGAUUUAUUGUUUUAAUAUUAAAGGGCGAGAAUAUGGUGAGGAAGAGAAGCUGUAUAUCAUACGCAGGUACAUGAAAAUGUCGCAGUCUCAGUUUGACAGUCUGGAAGAUAAUCAGAAAGAGACGUUCCUGGAACGGCAGCUAUGGAUAAGAGAGAACUAUGAGGUCUACAAGCAAGAACAAGAGGAAGAGCUAAAGAAGAAGAUGGCCAUGGACCCUCGAUGGAAGAGAUAUAGGCGGUGGAUGAGGAAUGAAGGACCUGGAAGAUUAACGUUUAUUGAUGACUGAAGGCUGUUGAACAAUGUACAGUACUGAUAAACCUGACUUGCAAAAAAUUUUCGUAACUAAAUUUUCAGAGUUUUAUCUGCUGUGCCUCGGCAGUGAUCUAAAACUCAGGAAUAAUUUCAUCAGGCAGAAAAUUAGUACAAGUUUACCAUUUUUAUAAAUAAAAGUGAAUCUGUUAAACAGAGA